AUGAAAGUCCUGAAACGUCUCCCUCUUUUAUUGGGGUGUUGGACUCUCUUAUACCUGGAAUUUAUCCCAGUGUCACUGAGCCAUACCGGGACGGCACAGCGCGCAACCGAGAGCCGAGGCAAGGAGCACGCAGGCGGAGCAGGUAAAGAAGCCAACCCGGGAAUCAUCUCAACUGCCAGGUCUACGGUAGGAAACUACGGCGUAGCAGGUUCGAAGUCUCCGAGCGCUGCGAGGAUCACGCGCAUUAGGACAGGACCCCCGCUGAUAAAGGGCGAGGCAGCCAAAGCAAAAGCUGUGACAUCAGUGUCAUCACCACACGGCGUAACGGCGAGCAGCGUUAGUGGAGCUAUCAACUUGGGACGCAAGGAGUCUGCGCGCUCUUGGGUACCCGACGGGGAUGCUACCCACUUAGCUGCUGUGCCUGCUCUCAUGGCGUUGAGCGUGCAAACACGUAAAGGCGGAGAUACGCCCAGACAGAGCAAAGGAAAGACUUUCCCCAGAGUUGCAACAUCAGCACGAACUGGACAGCAUAGAGUCAUUGCUGUGCAAAAAUACAGCGCUCCGUUAGCCCAAAGGAGUGCCAAAGCAACGGGCAAACUGAGCGACAGAGACCUUCCGAAGCAUCCAUUGGUGACUCCGCACGACUACAUGUUGUCACUGUAUUGGUCACUAUCCACAGGAGAGGUGAACACCAGCGUGUUGCACGAGGCUGGUAUGGCCAACACCAUCACCAGCUUUGUGGAUAAAGGACAAGAUGACCGUCUUCUCCAGCUGAGAAGACAGAAGUAUAACUUCAACAUCAGUUCCCUGGAGGAGGAGGGGCUACUGGGUGCCGAGCUGCGCAUUCUCAGGAAAAGACUGGCCGACCCACGCAAAGCACUUUCUACUGGCAGAGUUUUCUGCCUGAAGCUUUUCACCUGUGCAGCAGGUAAGCAGAAAGCUACACUGCUCCAAACUCGAACCAUCGAGGACCACAAUAUGCCCAAAUGGGAAGUGUUUGACAUUUGGAAACUAUUCAAGAAUUUCCACAAUACCGUCCAGCUUUGUUUCGAGCUGGAGGCCUUGGAACAAGGCCGCCCCGUGGACCUCAGGGCAAUGGGCUUCAGUCGUCUGGGCAGGCAGACCAAAGAGAGGGCCUUUUUCCUCGUGUUCGGACACACCAAGAAACGCGACUUGUUCUACAGCGAGAUCAAAGCCCGGUCGGGCCACGACAACAAGACUGUGUACGAGUACCUGUUCACCCAGCGACGUAUGCGCCGAGCCCCCACCACCCGUAGCAAGAAACUGGCCAAGAACCCCAAGCCUCGUUGCCACAGGAAGCAGCUACAUGUCAACUUCAAGGAGAUGGGUUGGGAUGAUUGGAUCAUUGCCCCACUGGAGUAUGAGGCCUACCACUGCGACGGGGUGUGCGAUUUCCCCAUCCGCUCGCACCUCGAGCCCACCAAUCACGCCAUCAUCCAGACGCUCAUGAACUCCAUGGACCCUGACUCGACUCCGCCCACCUGCUGUGUGCCCACUCGCCUCAGCCCAAUCAGCAUCCUCUACAUUGACUCAGCCAAUAACGUUGUUUACAAACAGUACGAGGACAUGGUGGUGGAGUCCUGUGGCUGCAGGUAGCAGUGGACAAAACAUUCACCUGAGACCUUGGUUUUAUAGUUCAGCCAGAACCCUACAAGUCAAUGGGACUGUGUUUUAUUUUUGGAGUAAACAGAUUGGUUAAUAGUUGUUAGGGAAAUAUACUUUGAAAGCAACUGACAUGAAACUAAUAACACAAAUCACUUCCUGAGACCUUAUUUUAUGAGGCGGUUAAGGAAUAAUAUGUACAUAUCCAAUGAUGAUUUGGCAAGAGAUUUGAAACUAUUUAACUAAAUUGAUCUUCCCAAUCCAUGCUAUUUUCACAUCAUAUGAAUUGAUGUCAAUGUUUGCUUUUCAUAGUGAUGCACAAAAAUGUAAUUCACUUUACUGGUCACAGAUUGAACAUAUUGCUCAUUGUUAGUUUAGGAUCAAGGAAACUAUUUCUUGUAUCACAGACCAGUUAAUGUAUCUCAUUGUUAUGUUAAAAUUUGCAUUGCUUUGAACUGCUGUUCCAUGACGUCACUUGUUGGAUACCUUCACACCUAUCUCACUGUCCCUUGUAAAGUACUUGAAACAUUGGAUGAGAACAUCUUCGUGCAUUCAUGUCAAAAUGUCUUGUUUCUCUUGGAGCAAUAUGAUGUAGCCUAACCAGUUCCUUUAAUCAAAAUGUGCACAUGCCAAUGGUAUUGCCAUCUCAAACUGAACUGGUGGGGUUUGGGAAAGGUCAUAAAUGGUUUGUUGCACACCACAAUAAUAUCUAACAGCUUACAAAUCCCAUUGAUGAAAUGUCAAAGAUACCUUGAAUUUAAGACAUGUAAGGCAUUGUCACCUUCCACUGAGUUUGUAUUCAUACAGUGCAUUGAAAGUAUAUUUUGAUACAGAUACAAUAUUACAGUACUUUUAAAGUAUCUGUCCACUGUUCCAGAUAUCCAUGAAAUAUUUACCAACAAUUAAUUACAAUAUAUAUUUAAUAGAAGGAUGUUAAAAAUCUGCUUUUCUCUGUGCUCCUGCUUGGCCUUAGUAUAAACAACAGAUUGGUUUGGACGUAUACCGCUUAAAAAAAGCUGAUUUGCCAGCUCAGCCAAUGAGAUGCUCAUACACUUGGAUAUUCAAAUUUGCUACCAACUCCACCUGUGGCAGGGCUGCACGCACUGCCUAUAACAGCAAUAAAUGCAGACUGAUUAUUUUACAAGCAUGAUUCAUUUCUGUUCAUUGCUUUGUCACUAUUCCUGAUAUUUUUGUUGUUAGCUAGCUACUAAGUUAGCUAGACAAGAAGUCGUGAUUGGUAGGAGCUAAACUAGCUAGGUAAAUAACUGCUGCUACAUAUAUUAGUCAACAACAGCUAACUAGCUUUCCUCUUAACAUCCAACUUUUAGUUAUAAACCACAAAAUGUCAAAUAGAAGUGAAUGGUGAGAUGGUUGUUGUGUGGAGGAUCUAAUUUGGCUUGCUUUAGUAUUGGCCAGCCAUCUAGCUAAUCUAUCCUCGAUAGCUAACGUUAGCAUGCUAGCUUACUGCUUCUAAACAGCCAGCAGGCCAAAUAUUACAAACCACAUCAUUUGAAAUAGAAGUGACUGGCGAGAUUGUUGUUGUAUAAGCUUUAUCCUUUUUGCUAACACUAGCUGUGGAUUGUUUGGCUUGCUUGCUAGCGUGUGUGCCCUCCUGAGCAUGUGUCACCCCUAGUCUCCUUCUCCCCACCAGAUCAUUUUGGAGGGGGUGGGGGUAGGAAAAAGCUGCUGGACCAAUCACAAUUGAGCCUGUCCCUGCCAAGGAUGAUGUCCUUCUCCAAGCAAAUUUCAAGCAUCUUUUAAAAUGAUUUGUUUCAAAAACACGUUUGAGAUGGGGUUUUACUGAGUGGGUUUUCUAUAAUUUAUGCGUUGACUACAAGUAAAGGUGAGUCAACAACAUUAUUUAGGUAUGACCAAACAGAAUAUGAGCUUUUAAAAAAGUUCACUGGACAGUUUCUUUAAGAUGUAAACUUCAAAUACAUAAAAAAAAAAUAUUAUUCUGAUUUUGAAUUAAAUGAACCUAUGUUUGUAAAUGAAUGUAGAUCAUGACUUUUGGUGGAAAUGUUUGUUUGUAACUGAAAUUCAUUGUGAAUGAAAUAUAUUUCAUUGACGUUGCCUUGUUAAGUGUUUACAUCAACACACCAAGCUUAAACUACAAAGAAUGAUGCAGUAACAUUUAUUUAUAGAAUGCAAUUUUAUUCCAGCAGCAGUUACAAACAAUAAGGUUGUUUAGGCACCUCAAAUAAUGUCCCUUCACAGCACUGCUUGGGUCUGAAAUUACAUUUAAAAAACAUUGAUAGCAGCCCUAAGCACACAUUUCCACACAUGGAGCCAGGAAAGGAAUAUGCAAGUGACUGAUCUAAAGCUUAUAUUAUACA